GCGGGGAGGCGGCGGGCAGCGGCGGCCGAGCCGGGGGUGCGGGGGCCGGGGCGGGCCCCGCCGCGUAGCCCCCUCCAUGCGCCUCGCCGGCGGCGCCGGCUCCCCCCGGGCGGCGCCUUCGCCCGGGAACGGCAGCCGGUGGCGGGCGGCGGAGCCCGGUGGUGGCGGCGGCGGCGACAGCAGCCCCAGCCCCGAGGCGUGGUCGGGGUCGCCCAACGGCAGCCUGGGCGGCUGGGACCCCUUCGGGCGGGACGAGGAGCUGGCGAAGCUGGAGAUCGCCGUGCUGGCCGUCACCUUCGCCGUGGCGGUGGUGGGCAACGGCAGCGUGCUGCUGGCCCUGCGGCGCACGCCCCGCAAGGCGUCCCGCAUGCACCUCUUCAUCCGCCACCUCAGCCUGGCCGACCUGGUGGUGGCCUUCUUCCAGGUGCUGCCCCAGCUCUGCUGGGAGGUGACCCACCGCUUCCACGGCCCCGACGGGCUCUGCCGCGUCGUCAAGCACCUGCAGGUCUUCGGCAUGUUCGCCUCGGCGUACAUGCUGGUGGCCAUGACCGCCGACCGCUACAUCGCCGUCUGCCACCCGCUGAAGACGCUGCAGCAGCCCACCAAGCGCUCCUACGGGAUGAUCGCGGCCGCCUGGGCGCUCAGCCUGCUGCUCAGCACCCCCCAGUACUUCAUCUUCUCCCUCAGCGAGGUGGAGCGCGGCUCGCAGGUCUACGACUGCUGGGCGCACUUCAUCAUGCCCUGGGGGCCCCGCGCCUACAUCACCUGGAUCACCGGCGGCAUCUUCGUCGCCCCCGUCCUCAUCCUCGUCACCUGCUACGGCUUCAUCUGCUACCACAUCUGGCGCAACGUCCGGGGCAAGACGCGCCCGGGGGAGGCGGCGGCGGCGGCGGCGGGCAGCGGGCGGCGGGCGGGCGGCGGCGGGCGGCGGGGGCUGCUGCUCGCCCCCUGUGUCAGCAGCGUUAAGACCAUCUCCCGCGCCAAGAUCCGCACCGUCAAGAUGACCUUCGUCAUCGUCUCGGCGUACGUCGUCUGCUGGGCGCCCUUCUUCACCAUCCAGAUGUGGUCCGUUUGGGACCACCACUUCCCCUGGGUCGAUUCUGAAAACACUGCGACUACCGUCACGGCUCUGUUGGCCAGCCUGAAUAGUUGCUGUAACCCCUGGAUCUACAUGUUUUUCAGCGGGCACCUCCUGCAAGACUGCAUACAGAGCUUCCCUUGCUGCCAAAAAAUAAAGCAAACGCUGAGUAAAGAAGAUUCAAACAGCAACAGCAGGCGACAGACUUCUUUCACCAACAACAGAAGCCCGACCCACAGCUUGAACACCUGGAGAGAGUCGCCCCACUCCAAAUCGACCAGCUUCAUCCCCAUUCCAACCUGAGGGUGGCCCCGUGGGCAGGCAGGGCUUCCAGCCCCACAACGGCGCUUGGGAUGGCUACGGCAUAGCACUUUACGCUGGUCACAGGCACCAGUCGCGGUAACAAGGAAUGACUAAGGCGGCCAUAAGACAAGAACGUGCCGCGUUGCUCGAUAAGCUAUUCUGCAGCGUGUGAAGUAUUUUAUGAGAGGUAUUUAGGACUUGGGCAACUGUUCAGGAAGGCGUGACAAUAAAGCAAUUAUUUUUCUAAAUAGAAUUCAUUAUUUUAAUUUUUUUGUUUGUUUCUAAAAUAUUAAAUGCAUUGUUUGCUUGUUGUGCAGAGCAGUAAAAGUAGUGGAGUUGGCGUGUGUUGGAGUGACUCCGCUUUCUAGCGUUAGUGCCUAAAACUUCUCAUGAUUGUUCAAUGAAGUCACAGGGAAAGGUGAUGAUAAGAACAAGAUCACAAUUUAGUCUUAAACACAAAAAGAAAAGAGUUGGGAGAAAGUCCCGGCUGUCCAGAUAAGGAACAUGGUUAGACAGGAUCUCUGUUAUUGGGAAUUUAAUUGUUUUAUCUUGUAAAGGUCUAGCAAUUCUCAGUUAAUGAAAUUUAACAGCCCGUGUGAGGCAAAUCCUUCAGUGCUGUUCAUGUCUCUAUGUGUAUUGUGGGGUUUCAUUUUUAGGGUGACGUUUCCUCUUCCCUUCAUGUUGGUGGAAGUUACACAGCAUGUUUUUUUUGUGUGCCGUUGCACCUACCGUGAUUUUUUUAAACUAAUUUUUAAAAAUAUAUUGAUAAAUAAGUAGGAUAAGCUAUGACUAGCUCAGCACUGUUGCAAACAGAUACACCAAGAAAACCCAUUGUGACUACCAGAACCACUUGCUUUACGGGUAACAAUUGCAUCUUUUCUUUUUACUUCACUAAAACAGCUGGGAUUUAGUCACAUUUGGUUGUCAAGAAAAUAACCCCAUAAAUUCAGGGGAAUGUGGCUGUUUGGUAAGAGCUGAAGAAUCAGUAUAUUCCGUGACACAGAUCAUAGAAUCAAACUUGUAAGUCUUCUGGGAACUGAUAAAAAUUGUCAGUGCUCUUGUUUAUUUAUUUUUGGGGUGAUCAUGACAAUAUAGGCUUUGAAAUUGCCAGUAAACUGCAACAAAAUCUCAUCACAACACAUUUACUAAUUACAAAGCAUUCGAGGUGUGCUUGUUUUCACUACAAUGCACGGCAAGUCAAACGUAGUUCCUACAG